GUCGUUGGAUUACCACACCUAGCUCACAGUCACAGUCUUGCCGCAACACAAGAGAAGAGAUCAGUCGGCGAUGCGAUGGAGCCGCUAGCCUCGGAUGAUGAUAAGAUCAGGUGAGCCUGGGGCUGCUGUAGGGGCCGUUGAGGAUGCUGUUGGCGAUGGCGUGGUAGGCGGCCUCCGUCAGGUGGACGCCGUCCCAGUUGGUGUACGCCGACGGGUCCGCGCACACGCUGGACCCCCGCACGCCGCAGCUCGCCCGCGGGUUGAAGUUGUACGGCCCGCCGCCGCCGCAGCACGUCCGCAGCGGCCCUUGCGUGAACCCUGCAAACAGUUUUUUUUCCCACAGCAAAUUAGUCCCGAGUGAGUGCACCGGCCGGGACGCGCCCCAGCACUGCCGCGUACGAGCUGACCAAACGAUCCGAUGCGACCCCGCCGCCUUGCCACAGACCACAGCGAGCUACAGCUCCUCGCCCACCUCCACCACCGCCGACGCGUCACCGGCGGGUAACGGUCUGAAUGGCCCAACGGAGACGCUCCCAAGGGAGGAGGGCAUCCGGCGCCUGCGGACAAAGCAAAAAGGUGGGGGGAGGGGGGGGGGAGCAAGAAACCCCCCUUCCUCAUCGAUCCCGAUGAGACCGACCACCGCGGCGAUGGAAUUCUCCGGCGGUGGCGGAGGCGCGACUGUGUCGGAGAUGUACCAGAGCGUGCGGCGGCUUCUACUCUUGGCUCGCGACGGCGUAGCCCGCGUCGAGCGCCUCGCCUCGGCGCCCACCUCGUCCUCCUACUCCUCCUUGGCGCCGCUCGUCGGGGGCUGCGCUGCGGGGGACCCAGCGGCCGCCGAGGAGGUGCGGCGGGAGGUGGCGCAGAUCCAGGCGUUGUGCGCUCAGAUGGUCCGGCUCUGGCGAUCCAUCCCCGCCAAGGGCCAGCGCGACCUCUGGAAGAGAUUUAGGAUAUGUACAGAGGGGUUGGAUUCUUGUGUAUAGGUUCUCUUUCUAUUGAUCAACCGUUGCAGAUUCUUGUAUAUCAAUCUUGCUUGAUAUCAAGGUCACUGCCGAGCUCCUGCGAGCAGGAAUCCAGAUUACCUUACAUGACUUACCACCUCCUCAAGAUCACGAGGAGUAAGCGUCCACCUGGGGCCCUGUUAUUGAUCACGACGGAAUUGCUGCAGUGGCAGCAUUGACAAAACGGAUCAAAUCGGCUGAGAACAAUAAGGGUGAACCACUGGUUUGUCAAGGCAAUAAUGAUCAGGGCUACUCAGAUUCAAGCACCCUGUGGUGAUCUGUACAAGGAACGCCGGCAGCUGGGGAUUGCAGAACACUGGGUCUACUUCUCCUGCAAUGUGCAGGAGUGGGAGGCGUAUGACCCCUACCGUUCACGGUGGAUGACGCUUCCAAGGAUGCCCCACAACGAUUGUUUCAUGUGCUCUGACAAGGAGUCACUUGCUGUGGGCACUGAAGUUCUGGUGUUUGGCAAGAAGAUUCUUUCGCAUAUUAUUCUGAGCUAUAUCAUUUAUGUUGUCAAAUAUCAGGUUUUCGAUGAGGAUGGCUAAUCAAGAUGCAAAACACUUGCUAAGUUGCUAGCAUGAUUGUAGAGCUUAGCAGUUGCAAGUGUGAGUGUGUGACUGCAUAGCAAUUGCCUCGAAUAAAUAUCUUAUAAUGAGUUUAUGUUGAGCUAUAAAAAAAUUGGAUGCAUUUUUUGCU